AUGGCAGAUGGCGGUGUAUCAAAAUGCGGUCGUAAGGCGGCAUUGUCAACGUUUUUCACCGUCACUUUCAUUGCGUUCACCCUUUCGGUGAUCGCAUUGAUCAGUCCAUCGUGGCAGUACGUAUACCUAGAGAACGGACGCACGGAACACCAGCAUGGAUUGUGGUUGGACUGCAAGAGAGAUUUCUCAUUCGAUUAUGGACGGACGAGGGAAUACUAUGAAACUUUGUACAGGCGGGACCUCCAAGGAUCUCCUUUCGAUAUAUUUUUUCUUCCUCCUUUACAAUGUGUGUACAAAUUCGACUACUACAUCGAUCCCGAAGAUCUCUACGACCACAACCAUGACGAAAAUCGCAUACAAAACGAUGCAUACCAACAUUUGUUUCUAGGCUGGAAAAUCGCAGCUCUGUCUGGGUGCGGGUCAGCAGUUGUGUUCUCGGCGUCAGCACUGCUAUUCGCUGUUCUUGCAUUUUGCCAUCGGACUUUCAUCUGUGCCUCUACAGUGCUCGUCACAAUUUCUGCCAUAUUGUCUAGUAUCGGGGUUACUGUCUUUUACGCAUGGGCAAAUUAUCAGGACAACAAGGUUAUCAAAGAGGACGGGGACACUACCUACGAGCAAGUUCUCGGGUGGGCUUUCUAUUGUCAAAUUGUUACCACCAUAAUGCACUGGCUUGCUUCAAUGUUGGGCUGUUGUGUCACUUCUGUCUCCUUCAGUAAAACGAGAGCNGUCUUCUAUCAUCCCAUAUUGCAUGUGACAGUAGCAGGAAUUUCGACUUUCAAUCUUUGCUUUCUCAAUCCUCGUCGUUUUCAGGCAAUAUACCGUGUUGAUUCCCAGUCUCUACGUCAAUGGGAACGUGACUACAUGAGAAAUGCUAGAGAACGACAACAAAGGAGCCAAGAAAGUCCAUUUAAACGAACUGCAUCUAUGCCUAAUUUUUCGAAAAAGCAAGCAAAGUUAGCUGAGAGGAAGUUGGCAGACCGGUCCAGUCGCGAGUUGUUCUCUUCGACAAGCAACAUCACUGAAACGACGAGUAAGCACCAAGCGUUUUCAGGUUCGAUAAACACCCUGGAACGGAAUCAAGCUCGGAGGCCACCUUCGGCGGUUCCGCUUCCUGUGCGAACUAGCCAACCAUUUCUCAGGUCUGCCUUGAAAACGCCGCAACAGUCCAAGAAGAGUGUUAAUAUUGACGACAGCGAUAUCACCUAUGAGUGCCUACCUUGCGAUGUAUCGGCAGGAGUGUCAAGUCUGCUUGGUGGAAGCGCCGCAGUCGUACAAAUCGUCGCGAACUUCGGCGCGCAGAUUGCCGCGCGCACCCUCGGACGCACGUUCGUACCGUCCCCCGGUAUUAGGUGGUAUUAA